AUGGCGACUGACAGUGUGCAACUUCAAAAUAGUAGAGGACGAUUUGUAGGGGGAAACUCACUUGGAAAUCUACACAGAGGUCAGUCUUUUCGUUCAAAUAAAAGUUUAUCAUUGUUUCUAUCGGAAAAAUACUAAUUCUGAAAAUAUUAACGUAACAAGCUACGCAAAUUUUUCAUGUGAAGUUUGACCUUUUGAACAAUUUAUAAUAGCUUUGAUUCUUGCCUUUUUGGUGCACUGCGCUAUUUUGGUACAACUGGGUCCUAACAUUAAUCUGACUUUUCACAGGACAUGGGACUGUGGCUGCAUCGUCUUCAAUUCCCAGUAAAUAUCAGACCAUUGUCGUGGAUAAUUCAGAGAGGAAGGGAUUUUUAUCUAGAGCUAAGAGAUUUCAAGAACUAGUUGCAGUUGUAAGGAAAUUUGCUCAUCUUCAUUCUAUAUAAUUUCAUUCAGUUGGUUUGUUCAUUAAGACAGUUUAACCAAUUGAGUGGCAGCACUCUCCCCUUAGACAGUAAAACAAUAGAGUAGGGCUCAUCAGGGCGCAUUGCCACUUAAAGGGUUAACAGGGUGCAUUGGCAGAUGGCCUGAUUAAUGCAUUGAGUGCUAGGACUCCUCUUCAUGAGUAAAUUUUCUUGUAUUAAACAGAAUAAAAUAGCAAAGUAGAGUUCAUCAGGGGCAUUGCCACUUAAACCCUUUCAAUGGCAAUGCACCCUUAUAUGCCCUACUUUAUUACUUUACCCUGGCUAAGGCCAGACGAUUUUAAUCGUCAAGGGGAGAGUGCUGGCCCUCGAUGGGUUAAUUAAAACAGCUCAUUAAGACUCACAGCUCAUCAGACAGUAUUAAAGCAUAAUAACAGUUUUCUAUUAUUAACUAUUAUUAUUCCAUUAUUAAUAUUCUAUUAUUAAUAAUAUUAUAUUUAUUAACAAUGUUCUAUUAUAAUAUUCUAUUAUUAAUAAUAUUCUAUUAUAAUUCUAUUAAUAUUAUUAAUAUUAUUAUUAAUUAUUAUUAAUUUGAGGGCCACAAGUUUAUCAGUUUCUAACUGUCACAUGUUACCCUCAGUAAAUAAAGCCUUUCACUUCACUUCAAUGUCCAAUGUUUGUAAUGUGAUAUUGAUGUGAUUAUACAAUAUCAAUAUUUAUCUCAUGCUUGGUAUUAUACCAUGUGCAGAAUGAAAAUCCUGGACCAGGAACAUACAAGGGUUAUGAACAAUCAAAUCAUGAGAUCUCUCCUUCUUACUCAAAGCGUGGGACAGGAACCUUUGCUUCCAAGGUAUAGCAAACGUCUUGACGUUAUUUCAGUUUGAAAUGUGUGAGUUUUUGUAUCAUAUUUUUUGCAAGAUAGUCUUGAAUUAUUUUCUUUGACGGUAAUUUAUCAUUUUUUUUGUAGAUGACCAGAUUUAAUAAAGAGCAAAGAGCAUUUGCCCAACCUGGACCUGGUGAGUAUUUAAGCAUUGAACACUGAUACUAAAACUACAAUUUAUGCUUAAGAAAUGAAGUACAGUCGAACCCCUAUUAAGCGGACACCUUCGGGACCUCGCCUAAGUGUCCGCCUAAAAGGGGUGUCCGCUUAAAAGGGGUAUGUAGAAAAACACAGCAGGAGGCAAAGGUGUGUAAUUAGGUGUGUAAUUUGAGUAUCAUCGUGGCUGGCGGCUCACAGUCCUCCGUCCUCGUUCAUCACUUCCUUAAUAAUCUUGGCUCAGAUGUCUUCGCGCCAAGUUGGUGAGUCAAUGUGCCAUGUAAAUUGAUCUCAAUUGUUAUUUACUGUCGAAUAUUGAAUACAUUUUAUCAUUCAAUCUGUCAUCUGUCCGCUUAAAAGAGGUUGAUUUGCCCAUUGGGACCUCCAGAAAGGUGUCCGCGUCCGUUAAGGAGGGGUGUCCGCUUAAUAGGGGUUAUGAUAAUAGUAUUUUAUUAAAGAAAACGAAUGGGACCUGAGAUAUGUGUCCGCUUAAAAGAGGUGUCCGCUUAAGAGAGGUGUCUGCUUAUAGGGGUUUGACUGUACCUAAAUGAUCGUAAUAAACUGGUGAAUUAAUAUCUGGUAGAAAAAGUGUUUUGUUGUUGUAACAUAAUAAAAAUAAUACCAGAAUAACAUUAGAAUAACCUGUAUUUUCUUUAUGUUUGUGAUGUUGUCUGUGCUUGUGUGUAGGCAGGCUGAAAUGUUUGCUUGACCGCUGUGGGAAUUGAUCCCGCAACCUUUGGUUUGCUAGAGCAUUGGACUCGCAAACCAAGGAGGUUUUGAUGUACUAGCAAACCAAAGCUCGCGGGUUCGAUUCCCACUGUGGUCAAGCAAACUUUUCAGCUUGCUCGGUGUAGACUCACUCAGCAACAACAUCACAAACAUCCUUUUUUUUUUGGUGCAUAACACUAUAUUUUGUACUUUGAAAUAAACAAAGACAACAACAUGUAUUAUAAUAUUUGUGAACUACAGGCGAAUAUGAACCACUCAAGCCUCCCGUCAAGUCAGAUUUUAACAAAGCAAAUGUUACCAGGUAAACAAAAUAUGCUAAUUCAAUAAACAUUUUAUAUGACUUUGCAACAGUUGGUUACGAUUUAUUAAAAUUGGUUGAAACAUCUGCGAUUCAAAAACUCGUUAGCAAAGCCAUGCUUGUCAGAUGUUGGGAUCUUAGGUAGUGGCACUACCUGCUAACUGCAAUCCAAGUAAGGUAGAAAAUUUCAAGAACUUCCUUUUCAAAUGCCCAAACUCCCUUUUCAAAUGCCAACACUCCCUUUUCAAAUGCCAAAACUCCCUUUUCAAAUGCCAAAACUUUCUUUUCAAAUGCCAAAACUUUCUUUUCAAAUGCCAAAACUCCCUUUUCAAAUGCCAAGGCUCCCUUUUCAAAUGCCAGAACUCCGUUUUCGAAAGCCAGAACUCCGUUUUCAAAUGCCAGGACUCCGUUUUCAAAUGCCAGAACUCCUUUUUCGGCUUGUAUAUGAAAAUUUUCGACCAAUUGGGUAUGAGAAAAUUAGUGGGCACUCAAUUUUGACAAUAUGAAACGUAACUCAAGAAAAUUCUUCGGUGCCUGGUCCCCUGUCGCAAUUUGCAAGCUUGAAGCGAAGCGAGCAAGUUUGGACCACGCAGGGCUAACUGAAAAAUUUUUUUGGCUACCUGGAAAAAAAAUCAAAAUUAAUUUGCAUUGGCUGAUGAGAUUUGUGUUGCACAAGUCAUGUGUCAUAUAUCUUCUUUUUAGUAAUUUUCAUUUGCCAAUUGCUAUGCCAUCUGACGAAAGAAAACAACUUCAAGCACCAGCUCCUAAUUCAUAUAAGGUAUAUUCAUCAUCAGUUUAUAAAUAUAUAUAUAUUAAGUCUCAACUCUUAAAUUAUAAAUUAUUUCUUUAAUUUUUUUGUUACGCCUCAUAUUUGCAUCAGAUUUCCAAGGCCACUGGUAAAGUAGCUCAUGAUAAUAACGUGUCUGCCUGUGCUGCCUUUAAAUCAAAGUAAGUAUUGGUCUAUUCUGUAUACUCUUAUACUCCGGAUGUUUUGGUGAAAACCUAUAAUGUAUACUUUCCUCUUUUAAGAAUACAAAGAUUGAUAACAUUUAUAGAUCUUUACUUUACUCCAUACUUUACUUUAAUACUUUAAUUAGUUAAAUAAUUAUCGAAUUUCAACGGUGUGAUCUUUUAUUUUAUUAUUUUCAAAGUUCGAAAAGACAAAGUUUUAUUACAAGCAAAACUGCAGCUAAUUUGCCAUCACCAUGUAAGUUUCAAGUUGAAUUGAACUAAAUGGAAUUACAUGUUAUUUUAUUUAAUCAUUAACUAAAAGUUUUUGUUGAUUUAAACAACAUUGCAUAUACCCAGGUCAAUACAAUGUAAAGGAGGAAUUACUUCACAAAAGUUCGACAGGAGCCUCGGCGUCGUUCAAAUCUACGACAGAACGCAAGAUGACAUGUACACCCGACCUCGGCCCAGGGCCUGGCUCCUAUAAUCCUUACAAUACUAGAAAAGAGAAACGCAAGGGAUACAAGUUUCAGUAAGUCAUAAUUGUUUUUGAGUUUCACUUUUUGUUUGGGAAUGUGGAAUUUUUGUGUUCAACGGAAUGUGGAAUUUUACCUUUGAAGUUUGAAUGAUGGCUGAAUAACUGUAACAAAGUUGUAACUAACAAUAAAUUUUCAACCAAUUGGUGGGCUAAAAAUUAAAUACUAGUUAAAACAUGAGCAGUCGACCUUUAUCUGAUAUACAAACUCGAGAUGCGAAUGUUUUAACGUACUUAAAAAAUGACCCAUCUUAUGAGUUCAGUGGCGAAGUAAUUUAAAAAUAAACAUUGUCUAAGCCGAGAAAAUCAAAGCUGAAGUUUAUGUAAAUCAGGUCAAAUCUUUAUCCGAUUUACAAACAUUGGUUAAAAUUCAUUUCUUUUGUAUUUUCGUCAUGAAUUAUUAAUGAGUAUUUUAAGCUAAUAUAUUACAUGAAAUUUAAGUUACGAAAAUCGGUUAUAUGUUGGCAACCUAAUCCCCCCCCCCCUAUUGCCCACCAAUCAACUUACAACAACCAUUCCCAACUCCUCAAAAAUUGUGAAACAAAUCGGAUUUUUUUUAUUUUGGUACAGACGACAACAUUAUCUAAGUAUCUCGGCUCCAGCUUUCGCUUUGCCUGAAGUGGAGCCAGCGCCGGGACCUGGACACUACAACCUGGUGAACUACGAAGGAGAAGGAAAACGUUAUAUGUCCAGUUCAAUGUUUGUGUCCACAACAAGCAGGUGGAACCCAACGUGGGAGGCUGAGACCGAAGUACCAGGACCCAGUAUGUUCUCAUUUGUAUCAAUUGUCGUUAGAUGUAACAAACUGAGGAAUGAAACGGUGUUGGUAGUGGUUAUUGCGUUUCACCAUAGACAAUCCAGAAGACAGAUUCAUGAUUCUAUGUCUUCUGGGUUGUCUUUGCUUUUACCUGUGUAAUCAGGGUUGGAUUUCUGCAAUGUGUUGUUGUCUGAUAAUAAUGUCGCCUCAGUUACAUGUGGAAAGAUUGCCUCCAGGUUGACUUACCAAACACGGUGGGGAGUACUGCGGUUUGCUCCUGUGGUAUCUCUGGAUCAAUAAGGGAUGACAAUUACUGGACCUCUAGGAAGAACUGAUAUGGCUGUCCGGCACAAAUAAAGUUAGUGUAGUUUGGGUGUCAUCCUAUAGUAGUAACAUCCAACAGAAAGUAAGGAAGUGGAUUUUACUGGAACUCCAGGAGGAAGAGUUAUAGAACUGAUAGAGCUAUUCUAAGUUAGUUAGAUCCGUAAGACCAGAUCUUGAUCAAUGUAACGUGCAUGAGCGCUAUGUUUUAUUUAUUAUAUAUUUAAUAAAAUGUAAAUGUAUUUCUUGCAGCAUCAUAUCGCCCUCGACGUGUUGGGAAGCAAUCGUUUAUUUACAACCCGUCACGAAAAUGGAUUUCUUGA